AAGACUGCUGACUCUAUCUCCUUGAUCGACACUCGGUUUUCUCGCGCUGUGUGAUGAGCUACGAUAGUUGUUUGAAUUUCUUUGAAUCUGCACAGUUUGAUCGACAAGUUUGAACUAUGUUCGCAAACUGUUGCUAGGAUCAGUCGUCUACAAGACCUGCACAGUGAAGAGAGGAUGCAGGAUGCCACCUCAGCGGCGUGCAUGUUCCCUGUGCGGGAAUACAGCACCGCACAGACUGUUCAAAUUUCCCGUCAAUCCUUACAGGUUACAAGCUUGGGUGGAGGCUGUCGACGAAGAGCACAUCACUAAGGGAGUGCAGACGGGUCGCCCCCAGAGAUUCGCUCUGUGUGAAAGGCAUUUCACCGACACCUGCUUCACGAGCACAUUGAAGACGUUCCUGAACAAGUAUGCCGUGCCAAAUGUGGAUGUUAAAAAUCCUGGACACAAUGAACAACUGCUACAAGCUGCAGAUUCGUGGUACCGAAAAAUGCAGUUGGCUAAAAUGAGGCCGGACACCAUCAGGACGAAUCAGCUGGAAGUUUCCGAGGAGACCCCUGAUCCCAAGGAACCAGUACAAUCGGAAAACUGCAUCGAAGUGAAAAGUAGCGAGCAAGACCUCUCUUCGGAAACUGCUGACGGAGCACCGUGUAAUGACAGCAUCGCCAGCCCCCCAAGCGUUGCCAGCGUGGACGGGCCGGAUUCCCCUGAGGAAUGUCGGCAAGAUGCCGAAUCCGCCAUGGAGGGGGAGGAGGAAUACCUGCAGCCCUGCUUCACUCUCUUCAUAAGUCCCCGGGCAUUGAAGAGGAAAAAAGGACAGAAUCAGUCCAGCCCCAAAGAUUGUGAGCUGCCUGUUCCACAGCUCAGGGUUACUUGCGUCUAUCAGGAGAAGAUAAUGAAGAGAGCGCUUCAAGUAAAUGUUCAUCACGUCGAGGCAAAUCACAAGGUGUCGUGUACCUCGAUUAAAUUCCCGUGGACUUUGCAUAUUAUCUUUCAGUUUUGGCAGUUGGCAUUAGUAGUUUUCAUGAGCCUCAUUUUCUAA